AUGUUUUCACAUCUCUCCUUUAACUGUGUCCUGUUACUGCUGCUGCUGUUGCUGCUACUUACAAGGUCUUUGGAAGGGGCAUACACAGUGGAGGUGGGUCAGAAUGCCGUUUUGCCCUGCUCCUACUCCCCAACCUCUUCAGCAAAUCUUGUGCCUGUGUGCUGGGGCCGGAGAGCCUGUCCACUGUCACACUGUCAGAAAACAGUGCUUAGCACUGAUGGAAGACACGUGAACUACCAGAAAUCCAGCAGAUACCAACUAAAGGGACAUUUACAAAAAGGAGAUGUGUCCCUGACCAUAGAGAAGGUGACUCUGGCCGACGGUGGGACCUACUGCUGCCGGGUAGAAUUUCCAGGUCUAAUGAAUGAUAAAAAAUUUAACCUAGAGUUGGUCAUCAAACCAGUCAAGGUUGCCACUUCUUGGACCCCCCAGAGGGACUUUACCACCAUCUUUCCAAGGAUGCUCACCACCAAGUGUCACAGCUCAGAGACACAGACAUGGGAGAACCUCUAUGAGCAUAAUCAAACACAAAAAUUCACAUUGGCUAAUGAGUUACAACACUCUGCAGUGACCGCACAAAUAGCCAUCUACAUUGGAGCAGGGAUUUCUGCUGGGAUGGUUCUUGUUCUCAUCUUUGGUGCUUUAACUCUCAAAUGGUAUUCUUACAAGAAAAAGAAGUUACAGAACUCAAGCUUCAUCUCCAUGGCCAACCUCCCACCCUCAGGGUUAGCAAAUGCAGUAGAAGAGGGGAUGCGCUCAGAGGAAAAUAUUUACACCAUUGAGGAGAAUAUUUAUGAAAUGGAGGACUCAAAUGAAUAUUACUGCUACAGCAGCGAAGGGCAGCAGCCCUGA